AUGUCCAGGCUCCGAGCAUUGAGAUGUCCAAGCCUCCUGUGCCAGGUGUCCGCGCUCACUAGCGCAAAGCAGACGGCGUUCGCCGUGUGGGUCUGUGACUGCUUCUGGUGGGGCACGAGGGAUUUCGUGCCAGAUGGCUGGACGUUCUGCUCGAACGUGAUGUCGAGGGUGCACAUGCCUUGGUCUCGCGGAUCUUGUGUGAGUGGAAUCACCUUGCCUUGGAUAGUGAGGUGCGGCGUGCUCUCUUCGACGACGCAGCGCAAUCCCCUUUCCAGGAGGGAGGUGGGCGAAAAAAUGUUGCGACCAAGUCCCGGAACGAUGAGUCCCUGAAUCCGCACGCGCAAUUGCUGUCCUCGAUUGUCCUUGACGGUGCAGUGUAGGAUGCCCGUGGCCGUGCCUUUGAGUUGUCUUUCUCCGGCCACGUCCACGAUCUUUGGAGAGUUUCGCUGGGUGUAAUCGUGGAGGUUUCCGUCGGGGAUGAGGCGAUUGUCAAACAUGGUCUCCGAUGCUCCCGUGUCUACCAGCAGGCCUACCCCGGUGGAGCUCGCGGCGAAGUUGCGUCCUGAGAUGCGGGAACACGUGCCGAACAUGAAGCCGCUGUCAAAGGCGUCCUCGUCCCGGGUGAAGUCGACAACUGCCACUUCAUUGUUUGAGUCGUGCUUGUUGGACGCCGACGAGCAGUGAGUGCAGUUGGAGCACGCGGUGAAUGCUUUACUUGAGUCCUUGGUGUCUUCCGAGCGCUUUCCUCGUUGCUGGUAGCAUUCCUCGUCUGAGUGAGACGUGGUGUUGUGCUUGGAGCACCGCUUGGCAGCUCCGGCGGGCUUCGUUUUCUUCUUCGCCCUGUUCUUGAUCUUGGGGCAGUUCCUCCUGAUGUGCCCCGGCUCGUAGCAGCUGUGGCAGAUGAUGUCAGACGCGGUCGUUGCCAUGGCAAAUCCUCGACCAGCUAUGCGUCCCUUCCAUCCCUUGCGCGAUUGUUCGUCCAAGAAGAUGUUGCGCAUGGUGGAUUGCAUGUCCAGGACGUUGAAGGUUGGGUCUCUGAACACCAUCAGUUUGACGUCCUUGUAUUCGUCGGAGAAGCCCUGUACGCAGAUGUCCUUGAAGCGGCGGUCGGAGAUGGGUUCUCCCAUCUUAUCCAGCUGGGUGCGAAGUAGGUGCUUCUGGUCGUCGGGAUUUUCACCAGGGUUCAUGGGGUUGUUCUCCAGCUCCUCCAUCUUGGCCCUGAUGACCUCGUCCGUUACCCUGUCAUAGUUGUUGCAGAGCUCCUCGAAGGUAGCUUGUCCGUCGCCGCUGAUGCCAGUGUCGUCUUCGUGCUCCUGUAUCCACAAAGUGGCUGGAAGUUCCACUAGGAGGAAAAGAAUGGCGUAGAGAUCUUCGUUUGCCCUUGUGUAAGAAUCGAAGGCCGCUGUGUCUGCGGGAUCUGGCUUCCUUUGUUUCUUCAGCAGUGGCAGGAUGUCCUUCCUGGUCACACCUAACACCACGCAGAAUUUCUUCAUCCAAGUCUUGAACUCAGCUGGGUCCUUUCCGUCGAAUUUCUUGAGGCCUUUGAUCACGGCUGCCAGGUUCGUAGAACUAUCGCUGGCGAACACGCUUCCACCUCCUGUGUUGCUCGUUGCAGUUUCCAUUGCUCGUUCCAGCUGUAUUUUCUUCGUCUUGAUGAAAGUACUUCCUACUGUAGGAGUAAGUUUGCUCGUGGUACGACUGCCU